AUGUCGACUCUAUCUUCUCCGGCUCUGAGCUUCUGCGACUCUCUUUCUUCGCCGGACCUUGAUGCCUAUUUGGACCGUCUUUCACCGCUGUCUCAACUACCAUCGCCCACAAUGAAGGAAGCUUGGUGGAGAGAAGAAACUCUUCACGGAAGACAUGACUCGAUUCUGCCCGACAUCUCGCCAUUGUUCGUCAUUGCUGCAGACGUACUUUGCAAUAUCACUUCGUGUGACAGCUGCAGGUCCAUCAAACCAUUGCAAACAAUGAUCACACGGUUCCUGAAAAACUCUCGAGUGCCUAUUGAGACCGUUGCUCUGGCUUACAAUAUCUUGUCUCAACCGGCCGUUGCGGCUAUGCAUUGCUGGCACAGCAACCCGGCUGGGUUCUCUUCCGGUCAAAUGGCAAAGAUCAUGCAAAUCCAUGGACCUGAAUCGGAUGCUUCUUGUCAGCGAGCUCUGGUUAUUCUUUCGGCGCUGAAUGUUGCAGUAUCCUUCACCGAGGACAAUCCUAGAAGCUUGUUCCAUUGGUCAAGACAGGUGGCUGGAGGCAUCUUCAGCACCGAGCAGAUCAACACUAUGAACCGUAUGGUUCUUGCCCAGCUGGAGUGGUCAAUUCAUCCCCUCGCUGCACCAACGGCGAUCGAGACAGCUCUUUCAGCUCUGUCAAUCCCGGAAGUUAUCACGCACGACAAACAUCCACCAUUCACACCGCUGGUUGUUGACNGGGAAGACACUCUCAGGUUAAUUCUCGGCCCACAAACGGUUAUCCAGCAUGGACUUGCGACACCUGAGCGAACACCCGACUGCAUACAUGGGGACGAUGAUUUGGUGCCGCGGUAUCUGCCUGCAACUGGAGAGUAA